GUUGCAAAUUAUUGGCGUCACAGUAGAAAACCACUCAGUAGUGCAUUGUGUUGUGAACACACAAAGACAUAUUUAUCGCGGUUAUUAAUCCUAUCGCAUAGUGAGAUCGCAAUUCAAACACGGCGUUCGAAAACAAUAAACAAACACAAAGUGUUGAAGCGAGGCCGCUAAAUGUCGAAGGUAAACAAAUGGUCAAAAACGUAGCCAAUACAAAACAGAAAUGUGAUACUGAUACUGUCAUAGCAUUGAACUUAGUGAGUGACAAUGUUUUUCAACAAAACGAUCUACCGAACGAAGUGAAAACACAAAAAUCUAAUUUAGUGAAGAGCAAAAGGUUCGAGAAAAAAGAAAAAGGAAAGACUGUAAAGAAAAGAGUUAGAUUUCUUGAUACUGAGUCGAACCCUGAGAAGAUUUCUUUCAGGGAACGUUUUGUCCAGUUUCUUCAUUACAUUUGGAGUUGUACGAGGACGACUGUUGAAAUUGUUUUGAGUCUCACAGCGCGUUCAGAAAACUCAGAACUCGAGGAGUUGGGUGAGCAGCUGCCCCGGUACCGGCCGGACUCCAUCGCGGCGCUGCGGCGGCAGACGCGCUUCACGGAGCCCGAGCUCAAGCGCCUGUACCGGGGCUUCAAGGCGGAGUGCCCCACCGGCGUGGUGCGGGAAGACACCUUCAAGCUCAUCUACUCGCAGUUCUUCCCACAGGGUGCCAACACAGCGCAGUACGCACACUACGUGUUCAACACAUUGGACCAAGAUCGAAGUGGAUUGUUAAGUUUUGAGGAAUUUGUUACGGGUCUCUCCGUAUUAUCAAGAGGAACCUUAGAAGAGAAACUGCGUUGGACGUUCUCGUUGUAUGACAUCAAUGGCGAUGGGUGUAUAACGAAGGAAGAAAUGACCGAAAUCGUGACCGCAAUUUACGACCUUAUGGGCAAGAUCGUAGAGCCUAUGAUUGACGACGAGGUUGUUCGGGAGAAAGUAGAGAGGUUAUUUCAGAAAAUGGAUUUAAAUCGCGACGGAGUUUUAACACUGGACGAGUUCCUCGACUGCUGCUCGCGAGACGAAGGCAUAUCUCGGUCCAUGGGUGUCUUCGACAGCAAUUUCUGACGCCCUGCAAUUGCGCGCGCCCGUCGACGCCGUGCUGUGUAACAUUUCGCCACCCUCGUUCCUUUCCCUUGAAUAUUUUUUAACUUCGUAUAAAUAUGGCAACCAGGUGAAAAGAAAUCUGACCUUGAACAUGCGCUGCGGGUGACUUAUUGAUCUAUUUCGUGGCACAAAGUAAGGUGUUACAGUGGGGGCUCUUGUUACCUGAUGGCAUGUGUACUCAGGUGCGUAUGGUGAAGCUGCAGACACUUACUGUAUGGUAUGGUGUCCUGGAACGUAAUAUGGCAAGGUAAUCAACCAAUCGGGCCACGUCUCAAACUUAGUUCGCUGCAGCGUCACGACAGACUAUACUAGACAUACCGUUAGACUAAUACGGCUCCUAAACUCGCUGCGUGGUACGGGAGAAGUGACAAUUGAUGUUAAGGGGCCGUUUUGAAAAUUAAUGUGACUUUUGGUUACACAUUAUUUAAUUUGAAAGCAAAGUCCAUGAAUUUCUUAUUUAUUAUAUCUAUUAUUUUAUCUGAAGUGUAGGUAUUUCAUCAGAAUUUGAUAUUCAGAAAUAUGAUUUGAUAUAAUUUUUAUUUUUUUAUUUUAUCUUCUGCACGCACCUCCGCGCAGCUCCGUCUGGAACCGUCUCAAUCAAACAGUGUCUUUAGGAUGAUAAGAUAUAAUGACUCUGGAUCACCUUCUAUCGCGUCACGACACACAACAACACAGUAAUGUGUUUGCGCGCCAAGCCAACGAGUGUUAAGGAUGUUAAACUUUAUAACGAUAUCUUUACUGGUUUCUGUACCUAAUAUUAACCUGAAAUUAAUUAGAAUCACGGAAAUAAGUUGGCAUUUUAUCGAUUACGAUUUGAUUAAUUGAUUCAUUUGGUUCAAUAAAAGAGACACAUACGCAUGUAUGGGUAUAGGGUCACCCGGUGACCCUAUAUGAGAAUAUGAUACUAGGUAUUCCUAUUACUUAAGGUGUGCUGCUUUCGGAAGUACUGAUAUCUUGAAGAAAUCUAUAAUAUUAAGCAAUAUAUUUGAAUGAGGAAUGAGUCGGCUUAGUAAAAUAUAUAUUUCCGAUGCCUGGGUACGAUUAAAAUGAUAUGUACCUACCUACUUAGAUAAAAAAAAUGGGAUUCUUAUGUCAAAUCUAACCUUUUCAAAAUAUUAUUGUAGUUUUCAAGUAUUUAUAACAGCUCCUUUCUUUAUAAAACGAUCUACUAUUUAUAUUAUAAAAAAGUUUAUAAAAUGAGACAUAAUAUGUUAGAUACUAUGCGAUUCAAAUCCGCCUUACUUGUACUGUAACAUCAAACUUGUAUUUCAAUCCGAGAUAUUUUCUUUUACACAGUUUUAUAUACUUACCUACUUAUUUUUGUUUUGAUUUACUGGUUUUUAAAACAAAAACCGUAAAAUAUAAAACAAGAUUUUUUUGCUUGUUAAUAGAGUUUAGUAGUUAAUUUCAAAGGUUGAUUUUCGUUGUUAAAAUAUCGCGUAUCUCGAUUUGAAUGCAUGCUAGCAUGCUAUUUGAAUCUGCGAUUCAAAUAGCAUGCUCUUGUGCUUGACUUGGAACUGUCGGGUGGCGUACAUUUAAUAUCUGAGACUUAUAAUUGGUUAGUUUCAGAUAAUUAUUCUCCUACAUUUAAGUAUGCAUAUUGAUAAAUGUGUAGAAAUGCCAUCAACCAACACAAUGGCUGUGUAAAUCGUAGUAAGUAAUGUAUGUAUGUACCUAGGUAAUAAAAUGUGUAGAUAGAUAUUUCAUAUGAAAGCGUUUUGUCUGUUUUCUUCUUCGAAUGAUGUAGGGAUGUAAUAUAUGCAUAAAUAUAUUAUAUUGUAAUCUGUUUUACCUUAGCUUACUUAAAAAAAAUCACAGGUAACGUCUACCAAAAACGAGUAAGCGAUUUGCUAUGUCGGAUAAGUUCUAGUUGAUAAUUUUUUUUGUGGCAAGGAUAAAUUGUUAGUUCGCGAAUCGCCAUAAGAACAUCUCAAGUACCAUGCAUAAUACGUUGCUUAGGUACCUACGCUACCAUGUACCAAAAAAAUAUUUUAAACACUGUACAUGGCGAGCCUAACCUCAUUGAAGAAGCGAUUUGUUGAUCUUUUAGGUAAGGUAAGGAAGAAAAAAUUACCUGUAGUUACUUAUGUAAUUUCUGCUUGAAUGUUUUAUUGACCCUUAUCCAUUCUUGGAUAAUCACUUACUUAAUGUACCUACUUAUAUCUAGCUAUCUAUUCACUGUGACGAAAUAUUUAAAUUUUAUCCAGCUAGGCUUUCUACCCUUAUUUUAAAUUAUUCCGGCCAUUUUUAAAUAGAAUUUUUAGAAGUAAUAAGUUCAUUUAAGGGGAAAUAAUGUAAUAACUAAUAAUUCAGUUAACAUUAUUUAAAAAUAAUUAGAUUAUCUAAAAUUAUCAAAAUCACAUUCCACGCUUAUCUCUUAAAGUUGUAUUAAACCAUCAUCGAUUUCGGUAUCUCUAUUCAAUUGAUGUUCACGUCUUAUAAAAUGUAAGACCAUCUUCUAUAGCGUCACGAUUCACGACACAUCACAACACGGUAAUGUGCUCGCGCCAUAAUGCAACUCGCAGUACCGGCAUAAGGCCCCUAUCACACUAGAGUUUGUGAUCGUUUUCAUGGCAGCUGCAGCGUCGUCGUCGCCACUCGCGAAAUCUGCCUACUAAAAUAAAAUAAAACAACACAACACUGCCACUAUGUUAAAAAUAUUAGGUACCUGCCUGAUUAUUAUUUACAUAAAUAGAAAGAGUUACCUAGGUACCUACUCAUAAAAUUUUAAAUUCUACCCACACGAAUUAUUUUGUUUUAAGGCCGCAAACCUACCUACCUACAAGGUACCGUAGAAGAGAAAGAAUAGGUACGUAUCACAAAUCGUCUACAAGCAACUUGCCUGGCUACUAUACCUACAUAUAGUAUUAUACAUAUAAAAGUCUCUCUCGCUCAAGCAGAGGUAGUUACUUGUGAAAUGUUAUUCCUUCUACGUUCGCUUCGGCUAUUGUAGCCUGGUAUACUGCAACCCACUAUUGCAUAAUAACUUCAAAAA